GCGUUCGGCGUUUGGCGUGGCGGGUUUGAUGCAUCAUGCAAGUUCCUACAUAACUUCCUCCGCUAGAUUGACGGUGCUGGUUUGCAGUUCUUCUAGGGGCGAUGUACAGUCCCGGUACCCUGAUGCGAGAGCGAUCCUCCUCCUUGACCCCGGAGCGCGGAGAGCUUAGUCAUCAAGCUUCAAGUUGAACUUAGUUUCAAGGUUGGGAACGCGCGCGACACUUGAAGACAACGUCGGAAUCGUCCUUCUGUUCUGACUCUUACCAGUGUUCUGCUUCGCUCCUCCACUCGACUCGCUUAUGCAAGCUGCGGGUUUGAACGAUGUGUCGGUGCCCGCCUUUGGCUCACGCAUGAAGGAACGGCAGUCCGGCGAGAAGCGCAUUCUGAAGCUUGCUGGACGCGUACAUGCGGUCCUGCAAGCAUCCGUUACGGACCAAACCGACGCCAAGGCGGCGCUCCAUGACGAGAUCCACGCAAGCUGGGGCUGGAUCACGGACUUGGCAUCUCAGGUUGAACUGAACCUGCCCCCUCUUCUGGCUUCUGCUAUUGAGCAGGUGUCGCAUUAUGGACAGGAUUUCCAGCUCUCGGCCAUCCAGGAGGACGACCCGUUGUGUGGUAUUACCGUCCCCAUGUGCCAUAUCAAACAGCACGCGGACUGUCCAAAACAGGCGGCGGGGGAGAAGAACUGGUGGAAGCAAGCUGACCCUGGGGCAACUCAAGUGGAAGCUCCGGAUACCACACCGGUGAAGAGUAUGAACCGUCUGCUUCUCUGCUUCUCUGCAGAUCCCCAGCUAACCUAUCGCGCUGACAGCUGAGGAAUAUACUGCGGCGAUACCAGCCUGGACGGCUGGGAAGAAGCGGGAUGCCCUCACGUCGAACGCCUAUCAGCCUGGCCCCGCAGAGUCGGCCAGCA